GGCCCCGCUCCUUUCUGUCGCUCGGGUGGGAAUUUGGAGACGGUCCCUAGCGCCUGCCGGCGCAGUGAGACCUUUCCCCUCGUUCCCUAGGGCGGGCCCAGAGGCGCAUGCGCAGUAGGAUGCUCCUGGCGCUGCGGCGGUUUGAGGGCGCAGUCCGGCCGCUCCGCCACCUUCGCUCCGCCAUGGCCCAGUUGUCGCGGUCCCCGGGCGGCCCGGCCCAGCGCCCGGCCUCGGUGCUGGGCACCAUGGAGUUCGGGCGCCGCACGGACCAGGAGGCGAGCGGGGCGCUGCUGCGGGCCUUCCUGGAGCGCGGGCACCGGGAGCUGGACACGGCCCAUAUGUACGGGGGGGGCGCGUCCGAGCGCAUCCUGGGGGCGCUGCUGGCGGGCGGCGGCGGGCCGCAGGGGAUGGCAACCAAAGCCAAUCCAUUGGAGGGGAAGACUCUGAAGCCUGAGAGUGUCAGGUCUCAGCUGGAGACAUCCCUUGAGAGGUUACAGAUGAAGAGCGUAGACUUGUUCUAUCUCCAUUUACCUGACCACGACACCCCUGUGGAACAGACACUACAUGCCUGCAAUGAGCUAUACAAAGAGGGAAAGUUUAAGGAGCUUGGUCUGUCGAACUAUGCAGCUUGGGAGGUGGCAGAAAUCUAUACCAUCUGCAAGUACAACAGCUGGGUGCUUCCAACUGUGUAUCAGGGCAUGUACAAUGCAACCACUCGCCAAGUGGAAACCGAGCUGUUGCCGUGCCUUAGACACUAUGGAAUGCGGUUCUAUGCCUACAAUCCUUUGGCUGGAGGGCUGCUGACAGGGAAGUACAAGUAUGAAGAUAAAGACAUGGGCCAACCGACUGGCAGGUUUUUUGGAAAUGAUUGGGCCCAGGCGUACAGGGACAGAUACUGGAAGAAGCACCAUUUCCAAGCCAUUGCCCUGGUAGAGAAAGCAUUAGGGGAGGCUUAUGGCUCUAACCCCCCCAGCCUAACUUCAGCUGCUUUACGCUGGAUGUACAAUCACUCCAAGCUUCAGGGUGCCCUUGGAGAUGCAGUGAUCAUUGGGAUGUCCAACAUGGAUCAGCUGCAGCAGAACCUCACAUGCAGUGAAGAGGGCCCUCUGCUCCCAGCUGUGGUGGAAGCAUUUGAUAAAGCCUGGCAUCUAGUAGCACAUGACUGUUCCAACUACUUCCGGUAGAAAAUGGGGGUAGCAAAUUUAGUGUGGGGAUGGUAACCAAGUAUCCUGGCAUCUGAGACCUAACUCCUCCCAUAGUGUUUCAGAGGAAACUUCACUCUUGGAUCAGGGCUUCCAGGUAGUGAAUGUAUUGGGGUCACAUUGGGGUUUCCUUGCACUAGAGGCGAAGCUCUUCCUACAAUCACAAGCCUCACUGUUUCUAUGCUGACUUAAUGGUAGUUGCACAUGGUGUCCAAGCCAUAUGGUAUCUGGUUUUUUCUUAAACAAAACUAAAAGCCAUAAUUGCCAUGAGACUGUCCCUUAAUAGGGCAGCUCCUAUUUUCACUUGAGCACACAAAAUAGUGUUGUGAUUUGGUGAUGUAAUUCGUAUAAGGAACUGGCCCUGUCAUAGGGCCACUUGAAGUCUCCAAGUAGGAAUGUGGAUAUUUGUCUUCAAUCAGCUGUCAGAAUAAAGCAUUUUCUAACUCAGGCCAUGCCUGUUUAAUUGAA